AUGGAAACCUCUUACUCCAACAAGCAUGGCACCUCUUCGUCUAAGGGAGAGGCCUGGAAAGUGGUCGGUGAUCAACCAGCCAGCAAUACUCCUUCCACUUCCUGUAUCGCAACAAGGACUUUGACGCCGCAAAGUUCGCAACAGGGACCGGUCUUCGCUUCUCUUUCGGAACCAAAUCCUUCCCAAGAGCAUUGUGUGCUGUCGUCGUCUCAAGGUUCCAGUUCCAUUGACAUACCUGGCUUCGAUAAGAGAAGCUACGGACACCCCUCGCAGCCGCCUGCCGUACGCAAAACAGGUCAAAGCUCGAACGCUCCGGACUUGAAGCAGGCAGGCCCAUCUUUCUCCAGAGAGGAUAAAUCACUUAACAAUGUCCGCAAAGAAGCUGCUACAAAUUCAUCUUGGGUGGAUGUACAUUCUGGAAAAGCACAGCUGAUGACCCAUCCAAGUAGCUCACAUGACCGAGGAAUUGCACAAAAUAUGUCAACACGAGCAAGCGAUAAGAAGGCCGCGACCUAUGAUAGCUUGAAGCAAGAGGGGGAAAGUCCAGAAAGUGUCAUCAAACGACUGCAAGAAAAUGGUCUUCGGGAAGCAAAUGUGCGCAUGAGACGAAAGGCCAAGGGCGAAACUGUGAACACAGGACUGGCAACUCUUGACUUUUUGCGAAGGCCCAUCUCUCCAGCCUUCACUGAACAUCUCAUGACGUCCAAUGGCACAACUCCGCUAAACACCGGAGUAGUGUCGGAGGAUCAAAACACACCGAAACGUCGUCAACCCAAUGCUCAAAGAGAAGAGCACAUCUCAAAAGAACCCGCAGAGUGGAAAGUUGUGCAUGGCAGCCAAACGUUCUCUCCAGAAGGUCUCAACAAUGUUCGAGCAGAAGCUGAUGAUCCCUCAGAAUUCGCUGUUCCGGAUGCGUCUGGCAAUCCCAUCGACUCGGCAACAAGUAGAGGCAUUCAUAACUCUUCAGACGAAAUUGACUCUGCCCAAACAAACACAAAUCCCACCUCCCAGCCAUCUCUGGUUAAAACUCCGUACCAACCCUCUGCAGCUCGCAGACGUCGUGGGACAUGUGCGCAAAAAUGGGCGAGAUCCUGGGAAAUGAAACCUCCGUCGUUCCACCCUGACAGCAAUGCUGAAGGCACAGAAACCAGCAAUGACGAUUCCAUCACCCCAAUGGCUUGGGCCAAUGAUGGCGAAAAUGGCACCGUCGCCAAGCGAAGAGAGCCCCCAAAUGACAAGUGUGAUCUUAUUGGGUGGGAUGGGCAAAUGCAACCGCCUCCAGUGGACUGGGAAAGCCGUGCUCAAUAUCACAGCAGCAACCCGAAUUUCAUCAGCGGCCUUGAGGGAUGGCUGGGCGCUAAUACUGUACGAAUGAUGCACAAGGUUCGCUGUUCUUUGCAGCCUGGUCAACUACAGGACUCAAGCUCUGAGUUCGAGUUUGAGGCGCUUCCUGUCGAACAAGUGCAGGACAUCACAAGGCAUCCUGAUGGCAUCGGCUUCGUCUCAAGAGGCACAGUACUCACCAAGGAAAAUGCAAGAUACUUUGGAUGGGUCGAAGGCGGCGAGCUACCCGAGUUGGAGUCUUUGCCAGAUUUUGAGGCUGUCACCAUUCUCGAUACGGAUGAUUUCGAGACAAUGAAAUACAGAGAAGAAACUGCUGACAAAUUUGUCACCCGAACUAUGCAGCAUCAUGAGCGUCAACAAACAGAGCUUGAGGCUCGGCGCGUAUCUGCAGAGAAUACCAUGACCGAAAUACAAGCCUCUCCCGAGCCGUUUGAGCCGAAACCCUUGAAGACAAACAUAUAUCUUCGCCCAGCCGUCCGAAGCGACUACCCUGGAAUGACUCGCAUCUAUAAUUGGCAUAUUGAGCAUGGGGUUCGUCCAUCUGAACUCCAGGGGAUAAAUGAAGAUGACAUGGAGUUACGACACAACAUAUCCACCACAGCUCGCCUUCCUUUCAUCGUUGCCGUGCAGCGAAAUCGGAAGAAUGCCAAACGCAAGCCUUCAAACCAUCGCGUCAACCCAGAUCACUCCAUUCAAAACACCGACCCCGCCCACAAUGCCGUAGUCAAUGAUGAGAACAUUAUUGGAUGGGCUUGUGCAACGGACUGGACAGCAUCCCACUAUGUUGAGACUACGACGGCCGAGCUAGAGAUUUAUGUCGCACCCAACUUCCGUCAGAAUGGCGUGGGGCGGUGUCUUAUGGACGCUCUCCUCGACGCUACUGACCGUGGCCACGUCAACAAGGGUGGCUACGACUUCCAUGCUGCGCCGGAGAUCAGACAUCUGUACAAUUCGGGUGGAGGUCGUGACUUGUCCAAGAUUAUUUUCCAAGUGCGCAGCUUCAGCAAUCCAAUCACUCCUGAACACAAGCACAGGCUCCAUCUUGCGGCCGAGGCAUCAAAGGACUGGGUUAACGCGGGGGGCUCGCUCUACGGCCGUGCCAACGGGUUGGAUGCAAAGCGCAAGGCAGCAAAACCUCGAGAGGAAAAGAAAGACUUUAGCAAGGCUGCCAGAAUCGACGACAGAGAAGACGACUACUCGAUCUGGUUGAAGGAGUGGCUGGAAAGUUUCGGGUUUGAGGAAGAGGCAUCCAUCAAAAAAGUUGGUGCCAAGGACAAGAGGCUCGUGGACGUGCGAUAUCUUACCAAAGAGACGGCCUGGCAACCCGUGGACAACCAGAUUCCAGAUUUCAGAAAUGGGUACUGAACAUUCCAAAAUUUGACCCUGCUGGCUUGAGUGGCAUAAGUUCUGGUGUUGCGUGAUCGUCCAGGACAUGAUCACAAUGCAAAGUAAUGCACAGAUGCAAUGCUUCCAAAAGAUUCAUCGGCCUUU